AUGGCAAUGUCUCUCAUCCAAGCGUGCCGCAGUCUGGCUCUCUCAACAUGGCUGCUUUCCUUUUGUUUCGUGCAUCUGCUCUGCCUGGACUUUACCGUGGCUGAGAAGGAGGAAUGGUACACCGCCUUCGUGAACAUCACCUACGCGGAGCCCGCGCCGGACCCCGGGCCCGGAGUGGCGGGCGGCGGCGGCGGCGGCACCGAGCUGCACACCGAGAAGACUGAGUGCGGGCGCUACGGGGAGCACUCGCCCAAGCAGGACGCGCGCGGGGAGGUGGUCAUGGCUAGCUCGGCCCACGACCGCCUCGCCUGCGACCCCAACACCAAGUUCGCCGCCCCGGCCCACGGCAAGAACUGGAUAGCCCUCAUCCCCAAGGGCAACUGCACGUACAAGGAUAAGAUCCGGAACGCCUUCCUGCAGAACGCGUCCGCGGUGGUCAUCUUUAACGUGGGCUCCAACACCAACGAGACCAUCACCAUGUCCCAUGCAGGUGUUGAAGACAUCGUGGCAAUAAUGAUUCCUGAACCAAAAGGGAAGGAGAUAGUAAGCCUUCUGGAAAGGAACAUCACCGUGACAAUGUACAUCACCAUUGGAACCCGGAACUUGCAGAAAUACGUGAGCCGCACUUCGGUUGUGUUUGUCUCCAUCUCCUUCAUUGUCCUGAUGAUCAUAUCCCUCGCGUGGCUGGUCUUUUAUUAUAUCCAGAGGUUUCGAUAUGCAAAUGCCAGGGACAGGAACCAGCGCCGACUGGGAGAUGCAGCAAAGAAAGCGAUCAGCAAGCUCCAGGUCAGAACCAUCAAGAAGGGCGACAAGGAAACAGAGCCCGAUUUUGAUAACUGUGCAGUUUGCAUUGAAGGGUACAAGCCCAACGACGUUGUACGGAUCUUGCCCUGCCGGCAUCUUUUCCACAAGUCCUGUGUUGACCCCUGGCUUCUAGACCAUCGCACCUGCCCCAUGUGCAAGAUGAACAUUCUUAAAGCCCUAGGGAUCCCGCCCAAUGCUGACUGCAUGGAUGACUUGCCCACUGACUUCGAGGGAUCUCUGGGAGGCCCACCCACCAACCAGAUCACGGGCGCAAGCGACACGACUGUAAACGAAAGUUCAGUCACUUUGGACCCUGCUGUCCGGACGGUGGGAGCCUUGCAGGUGGUCCCGGAUACCGAUCCUACCCCGCAGGAAGGAGAAGUCAUCUUCACUACUAACAUCUCAACAUCCACCAGUGUGUCCUCCUCCUGCUUCCUGGAUCGUCCUCUACAGAAAUCUGAUCUCGUCACUGUUUUGCUGCAAACAUUUUUAUCACCUAUGGGUUAAAAUCUCCAGCUGGCUAAUCUAAACAAAUCAUUAAGCAUUUGGCAGCAGCAUACUUCUUUCUGGCUUUUAACCACUCCCACCAGGUACUUUACACAGAGCAUUUCCAAGCCGCUUGUGGUUCUAGACACGCUGCCCCCGACGUUGCUCCCUCACCCACCGAGUCCUGUGUAUCCUCAGGAACACCUCAUCUGCUGUAUUCUCUGAGAUGCCUUCUCCGCUAUGCCAAGCAGAAUGUGGUGCUUGUUUUAGAAUUAUCUUCUUCCAAACAGUUCUGUCUGUUACACUUCCUUAAGAAAGCGUCUGUCACCCUCACCCCACUGAAUUUAUAGGACCUUAAAGGGUUUGGACUGUGGCUUUUCAUCUUCAUGUUCCAAAGUCCAGCACAGUUUGUGGCAUAAAGUUAGACUCCACAAGCAUUAGUUGAAGGAAUGAAUGAAUACGCUGAAGAAUUUUUAAAGAAUCAAUAGCAAUAGUUAGGAGACUGCAUUGUGAUAUCCUUUCGUAUUUUGUCUGCUAACAAGAAGAAAAUAUGUAUAUUCUUCCACGGAUCUCCAAGAUGGACCCAAGCACCAGCAGGGCGAGCCUCCCUGUAGCUCAUUCCUCUGGGAUGACUCUGUGACCCUACAGAAGCACAAAUGCCAAACUGGUCCCCCGCCACGAGGAAGGAGGGAGACUAAUGCCUCGUGGAAAUGGAUUGAUGAUUUAUUAUUUAUCAUUAUUGACAUUGGACUGCACAGCAGAAAUGGGGAUUAAAGGCAACAGAGAGACAAAGAGGCAGAAACAGCAGCAAAGGGAAGCGUGAUGGAGAAAGUCUCCAGCGCCUGUCCACGCAGUACUUUCUGCAGAUGCCUGGAGAUGACACAAAACCAAAUGCCCAGAAACCAGCGCCGCUUCAAGGAAGCGCUUCACUUUUUGUUUGAUACCAUUGGCGCUACUCUUACUAUUUUAGAUUGACCCACGCUGAGUGAUAAUAUUGACCUACGAGGGAUAAUAUGGGCUCUGGGAAACCAGAUGACUUUGGCAUCAGGCACAUCAGGCGCAAAUCCCGGCUGCCCACCGAGGUGAUAGCUGUGGCAAACUCAUGUAACAUCCCUGGGCCUCAGUUUCCUCAUCUUUAAAAUUGUUCAAACAAAAUCCACCCCACAGGUUUCUUGUGAGGGUGAAAUGAAUCUAGGCACAUGCAACUCCUGAUUCAGUGCCUGGCUGUCAGUGAGCCACAAAUGUGACCUCUCCCCACCACAUACCACCUCUCCAGGAGAACACACAUUGGGCAGACAUAUCGCAAGAACCUGAUGGUGCAACUGAAAUGUCUUAAUGUUAUAAAAAUGUCUACAAUGCACCUUUCUCAGAUAGACCCCAAGGCCUGAUAGCUCUAGGUUGUAGCCUAAACCAAUCGCCUAUGGAGAUGAAAACUGAAUUACUCUACUUCCUGAGCCAGAACUGCACGCUCCCUUGUAGUUCUCUUUUUGCUAAUUGAUCAUCUGAGUACUACUGAGUUAUAAACUGCAUUCUUUAUUACCAUGAUCUCAUAUAAAACAAUGACUGCCCUUCUAGCACCAUUUGCAGAGAAACCACUCAGGUUAUCAGGAUCAUCACUAGGCAGCCCAUCAAUCAAUCAACAGUCCAUUAGUGUCAGUUCCUAGAAAGUCAUAAUUAUGUCUUUCUGCACAUGGCUCUGUAUUGUAUUCAACAGCCUGCAGCCCUACAAACAACCUUAGAGAGUGUCUUCAGCAUGCAGACAUGCGGAUAGAUGAUCUGUGGAUAAGCUAGUAAUUUCAGAUUUGCUAAGUCAGGGAACAGCUUAGAACAAAAAAAUUGAAAGUCCCCGUUCUACAAACCUCUGAGAUUUCAGCAAAUGGGUGCCACAUCCCCACAUAGAAAAUCCACUGGCAGACCUUUAAAAUCCAGAAAUCUCUAGCUCACUGGCUUUUUCCGGGGUGGUCCUCACUGUGCUCCCUCCCUUUGGGAGAAAUUUGCAGGGAAAUUUCUUUCUUCUUCUGAAGAAAAUGUAUUGUGGCUAAGUGAGUUAGCCAAAUUCUCCUCCCCUUCUGUGUUAUGAUCAGCUAGGUCACAUUCCACUUGGUCUGGUUAAGUCACUGUGCCAGGAUAGUGGGAAGACCAUCCAUCCUCCUCACUCCAGAGGGUUCCCAUAGAGCACCCACCAAGGUGGGGAUCAAGCAAGGUUUCCUGCACACACACCCCUGCACACAUGUACACACACAUCCACCUGUGCACACGCACUCACACACCACCACCACCAAAUCCCUAGGGCCUUGGCUCAUCAUCCAAAACCAUUAAGGAAUAGAUGCCUAGGAAUUCCCAGGAAUUACUGUGGGCAGAGGUAGCAAACUGUUGUCACAUAUGACUCCUCUUGCCUGCAGAUGAGUCUUUUGGUCCUGAAAAUGCGUCUGGCAAUGCUUUAGUUAGUAGCUAGCAUUUAAAUAUGGCAAGGCUUUACACAUAAAUCUGCAUUUCCAACUUGAAAGAGUUGGAAGCAGCAGAAAUCCUGGGCCUCAUUCCCUUAUGGUGUUAACUGGCUAGACCUGAGUCAUGACAGCCCCUCACCGCAAAGCGUGUUCCCAGCAGCUCACCCCAGCUUUGCAACCGCAAAUUUAGGGACCAUUUCAGGGCAAACAGUGCUUCCUUCAUAGGCACUGAUGUCUAAAGGACAAUCACAGCUUUGAAUUGUCCCAUUAGGUCUCAUUAAAAUAAUACCUGUUGGGGGGCACCUGUGUGGCUCAGUCGGUUAAGCUUCCAACUCUUGGUUUCAGCUCAGGUCAUGAUCUCAGUUUGUGAGUUGGAGCCCCGCAUCAGGCUCUGCGCGGACAGUGCGGAGCCUGCUUGGGAUUCUCUGUAUCCCUCUUUCUGUCUCCCCCACUUCCCCUGCUCACUCUCUAUCUCUCUCAACAAUAAAUAAAUAAACUUAAAAAAAUAAAAUAA